UUUGCUGAGCCAUUUCAGAAGGCAGCCGGCUGGAGCUUCUUUUGCUGAGUCCCAGAGCUGAGAUUAGAGGGUGGGAAGCAGUGCUUACUUACUGGCUGGACCCUAGCAAGAUUGUACCAUGGAGUGUGGUUUCGAAAGUCUGCUCACUGAUCCUUGGGCUCCGUGUCUUCCCAGCCCAAAGACUAGAUUGGUUGCUAGUGCAUUUCAGCUGCAGCACGGAGACACGGUCCAAGUGAAGGGGAAGAUCUUGCCAGAUGCCAAAGAUUUUGUUGUGAAUCUGGGCGAAGACUGUGACAACCUCGUUCUUCACUUCAACCCACGCUUUGACCACCAGAAGGAGGUGAACACCAUUGUCUGCAACUCCAAGCAAUAUGGGGUGUGCGGGAAAGAGCAGAGAGAGCCUGGCUUCCCUUUUGAGCAAGGAGGCAACGUUCAGCUUUCCUUCACCUUCCUUCCUUUGGAGAUGAAAGUAAUGCUGGCCGAGGGUCACGGGUUUUCCUUCCCCAACCGGCUGGGCCUGAAGACCAUCGAGUACAUUGCGGUGGAAGGAGACUUCAAAGUCAGAGUUCUCAAAUUCCUCUAAUCUCGUCCUGUGCCUCUGUAGUCUUGUAACAUGUCUGAAUAAAUUCUGCUGUGUUCUCCAA